AUGGACGAGGACACAGUCAGCGAGGGAUCUGUCAACUUCUUGGACACUGUCGAGGGCGAGAUCGCUUUCUUUCGCUCGAUGAUGCGCGCAAGACCGGUCGGGCUUCACCGCCAUUUUCAUGUCCUCACUAUCCGGAACGCGAUCCUCAAAGACACCGGUCAUGUCGUCUCUACAGAGGCUCUGUGGGGGAAGCUGCGAAGCUCUUAUGACCUGGAUAUCCUGGAGGGAAUCGAAGCUGACGGUUACGAUGCUUCUGACAUACAUGACGCCCCAUCCCCGUCCUCUCUCCCUGUACGAUCUCCUUCACCGUCAGAGAAUCUAUCAAUGCACCCCUUCUUCCGCCAUGAGUAUUCACUCCCCCAAGAGGAGACAUUCGACAGACUCAUUUCCGCACGACGUAUGCGCGGGAGCGCAUCCCUGCCGUCAUCAUCUCCCGCGGCAUCCCCAGUCCACACCGGUCCGUCAUUGCGUUCUACCAAGAAGGGUAGGAGCAAGCUCAAGAAUAUGGCUGGACUCAUUGGCGGCGACAGCGAUAGCAGCGCCUUGACACAGGAAAGCGGAGACGAGAGUGUCGCCGCCACUCCGAGGGACAGUGUGGCAGCUGGGACGGACGCGGGUACAGACUUCGCGGAGGAAGAAGAGGUCGAUGGGUCUCCAAGCCCUUCUCUAGCAUCUCGGGCGAACAGGAAGCCUGUGAAGCCGGGCAGAAGGGGCAGCAAUGCCGGCAGAGGACGCGGAGGAUCUACUGGCAGAGGAAGAGGAUCGAAGCGGGGUAAGCGAUAG